AUGGGUUCAAUUUUAUUCCUUGGCAACAAUGACGGGCUCCAGGUCGGAUACAACCUUGGCUCGAUCAACGAAGAAUUUCAUCUACCGCCAGAGCGACCAGAAACACCGUCUAGUCCUUUUUCGAACGUCCCAUUCCCGCGGGACCCAUACUUUGUCGGUCGUGGCACACUGCUCCGUCAAAUUCGCGCGAAAAGUUCAGAGCCUGGGUCGAGAAUCGUGCUAUUCGGCCUCGGCGGUGUUGGAAAAUCACAGCUUGCCAUCGAAUAUUCGUAUCGGGUCCGAUACGAAUCACCGACGACAUGGAUUUUCUGGAUCCAUGCGAGUAACAAAGUCCGAUUCGAGCAAAGUUUUCGGGACAUUGCGGAUCAGGUCAAAAUCCCCGGGCGCCAGGAUUCAAAAGCCAACAUAUUCAAAUUGGUCGAGAAUUGGCUCCGAGAUGAGAAGAAAGGGAAAUGGAUUUGUAUCCUUGAUAAUGCUGAUGAAGACCAAUUUCUGUGCUCGCCUGCGACAGCAGGCAACGCAGCAGGCAACGGAGAUGUAACGAAAGAACCAACUCAUGCCUCCACGAAGCCAUUAUUGGAAUACAUUCCGAGAGUCCAGAAUGGAUCUGUUAUUAUUACAAGCCGGAAUAGGGAGGUUUCGUUGCAAAUGGUCGAUCAUGACGACCUGGUUGAAGUGAACCCAAUGAAACCUUCUGAAGCACUGGAGCUUCUCCAAAAAAAGCUUCUCCAACCAGAAGGGAAUCAAGAAAGUCUACAGUUGGUGACUAUGUUAGAGUUCAUGCCAUUAGCAAUAAUACAGGCGACUCACUACAUCCAAAAUCGGGCACCUCGCUACUCGAUAUCACAAUACCUAAAAGAUUUUCAACAGAGUGACUGGGAAGCGAUAAAGCUCCUGAAAGAGGGGGCAAAUCAUCUCCACCGGGACUGGGAGGCAAAAACCUCGAUUCAGGUGACAUGGCAAAUGUCAUUUGAUCGUCUUCGCCAAAUAAAGCCAUCUGCAGCACAGUUACUUUCUUUGAUGAGUUUUUUUGAUCGGCAAGAGAUACCAGAUAUCCUUCUCAGGAAUCGACUCAAGUCCACAUCUAGUUCGGAGCUCCUUCAUGUUCACAAUGACGAGAAAUCAGAGUCAGACAAACGCCUCGAUUUUGAAGACGAUAUCGUGACGUUGAAGAAUUAUUCCUUGAUAUCUGUUUGUGAAAAUACGGCUUCAUUUUCGAUGCAUCGGCUAGUGCAACUGACCACACUUGCGUGGUUGAAAUCUCAUGGACAGUUAGACCAAUGGAGGGAGAAGUCUAUUAGCAACAUGUGCGAGGAGUUCCCAACUGGCCAAUACGAGAACUGGGGGAGAUGCAGAAUUCUCUUUCCCCACAUCAAAUCCGCAAUGUCACAACGGCUAGAAUCAUCACCUGAGAUUUCACAGCAAUGGGCUACGCUGCUUUACAGAGGUGCAUGGUAUGCGUCCGGGAAUGGUAACAUUACCGAUGCGAAGGAAAUGGCCUCAGAGUCAAUGAAGCAUAGAAUGAAUCUAUUCGGCACAGAGGACGACCAAGCCCUUGAAAGUACAGCGAUGUUGGCCACUGCAUAUGUGCUUGAGGGCCUGUGGAGACAGGCUGAGCUGCUCCAGUUGCAGGUGAUGAAAACUCGCAAGGCGAAGCUUGGUGAAUACCAUCCUCGUACGCUAGAGAGCUUAGCAGACCUAGCAUCGACCUAUCUGGGCCAGGGCCGAUGGAAAGAGGCCGAGCAUUUCUAUUUACAGGUGACAAAGAGUCAUAGGAUGAAGCUUGGCGAAGAUCAUUCUGACACACUAAGGAUUGUCGGAAGCCUAGCACAGACAUAUCAGUACCAAGGUCGAUUGAAAGAGGCUGAGUGGUUAUCUCUACAGGUGAUAGAGACUCGCAAGACGAAGGUUGGCGAAAAUCAUCCUGACACCUUGAGGAGUAUAGGAAACCUGGUGCAGAUAUAUCUGGUUCAGGGCCGAUUGGAAGAGGCUGAGCAGCUAUCCCUGCAGGUGAUAGAGACUCGCAAGAUAAAGCUCGGCGAGAAUCACCCUGAAACACUGACGGGUAUGGGAACCCUGGCAUCGAUUUACUUGAAUCAGGGUCGAUGGGAAGAGGCCGAGCAGCUAUCUCUACAGGUGAUACAAACUCGUAAGAUGAAGCUCAGCGAGGAACAUCCUGAUACACUGACGGCUAUGGAAACCCUGGCAUCGAUUUAUCUAAAUCAGGGUCUGUGGGAAGAGGCCGAGCAGCUAUCUCUGCAGGGGGGCAUGGGGAAUUUGGGAUUAAUUUACUACAAUCAGGGCCGAUGGGAAGAGGCCGAGCAGAUAUCUCGGCAGGUGAUGGAGACUCGUAAGACGAAGCUCGGCGAGGAUCAUCCUGACACGUUAACGAACAUGUAUAAUCUGGCAUUAAUUUACUCGGAGCAGGGCCGAUGGGAAGAGGCCCAGCAGCUAGUUCUGCAAGUGAUAGAGUCUAACAAGACGAAGCGAGGCGAGGAUCAUCCUGACACGUUGGCGAUCAUGCAUAAUCUGGGGCUAAUCUACUCGAAGCAGGGCCGAUGGGAAGAGGCCGAGCAGCUCUUUUUACGGGUGAACAACACACUCAAGAUAAAGCUCGGCGAGCAUCAUCUCUCCACGCUGACUGGUAUGAGAAGUCUGGGGUUAAUUUACUCGAAGCAGGGCCGAUGGAAAGAGGCCAAGCAGCUCUUUUUGCGGUUGAGUGAGACGCUGAAGACAAAACUUGGCGAGAACCAUCCUGAGACAUUGGCAACUAUGUCUGAUAUCGCGGCGAAUUAUAUGGUUCCGAGACGAUGGAAGGAGGCUGAAGAGCUCUUAGCGCAGGUGCUGGAUACCCAAAAGCGGGUUCUCGGGAUAGCGCAUCCUAAGACCCUGAUCAGCAUGCACAGUCUCGCCCUUGUCUUAAUGUAUAGGGGUAAAAAUGAAGCUGGUGCGCAUAUGAUGGCCGAAUGUGCCUUACUGUGCAGCCGACAACUUGGUCCUGAUCACCCCACUACUGUAUCUUCGAUGUCUGCUAUAAGCAGGAUUCGUGAGCUCAACGACUCAAUUAUCUGGCGCAUCGCAUUCGCCGCAAAGAGACAAUUUGGGGAACGGGGCCUUCAAUUCUUGAUUUAUUGUUUCUUCUUUGUUUUUACGUUCAUAUCGCUCGAUGCGAUGUUUUAA